AUGAACAACCAAGAAGCUGGUGUUCUAUGUUGCUGGAGAUGUAGGAAAUACAUAGCAAAUUCUGUUUUUCUUGCAAAAUGUAAUGGGAAAAAAGCAUCCAAAAUAUCUCAACCUUCAGCUGCUGGUCAGAAUUCUUACAAUGUAUGGCAUGUGAACUUAGAAGCCAUUCCAGAGUGGGUGAAAUGUGUCAUUGAAAAGGCACAGUGGACAAUUGGAAAACUGCACUGUCCAUUCUGUGAGGCCUGCUUAGGGGGCUUUAAUUUUGUUUGCAACAAAGAAUGUUCCUGUGGACAGUUAGUAAAUAUACAUUUCUUCAAAACUUGGACUGAGGAUCAGCCACCUUUCUCAGUUAAUUUGUCAGAAUCAUCAGAGAAACAUUUGCUUCUCAAAAUUCAGUCUGGUUUUAACAAGGAUACCUGCCAUGAAGUGGUAACUGCAACUUUGGAAAUCAUAAAUCAAGGGCUUUCCUACACAGCUAGAAGUAAUAAUGGUGCUGGAAGAUUAACAGAAGCACUUUGUCUAGAAGUAAGAGCUCCCAGAUAUGAGAUAGAAAACAAAAAACUUCCCUUAAAGGCAUUAAAUCAAAAAAGAAAUUUCCCUUCUUCCUAUCCUAUAAAAGAUGCAUGCACUGUAAAACCUUUUCACAGGAGAUCAUGUAGCUUGGUUUUAAAUAUCAGAGAAAGGCUUGUUUUGUCACCCGUGUUAUAUGAAACUGGGUGCAUGGGAACACUUUACUGUGGCCAGAAUGGAAAUCCACCUGCUUACGUACAAGGGAGCUUGCAAUCAGAGUCGAGUAGGAAAGAUGGUAGUUCUUUUCAGGAUCUGUAUAGUUCCAGGGAUGACAUACUACAAAACCAAUUUCAAGUUACUUCCAUUACCACAUUACUACACAGAGACACUGAAAGUGAAUGUGAUUUUGAAGGUACUGGACAAUCUUCUGGGAGUGUCAUUGCUGAUGGGUCACCAUUUGUGGUGAAUCUUUCCUCGCCUACAAGGGCUGUAGCAGACAAACAAUACAUCACACCGGGUAGUCUUGUGCAGCCUAUGAGUAUUUCCUUCAACCAAAAGCUGAGUAAGAGAGAAAGAAACAAAUCUAAAAGCCUGAGGAGAAAACAAAGAAGGCGAGAGCAAUAUCUACAGAAGCAACCUGCAAAUGAUAACCUGCAUACAGAUGAUGAGCAUGAACUCAGAGGAGAUAGAGAAAGCUAUCUCUGUGCUGUGUGCCUGGAUGUUUAUUUCAACCCUUACAUGUGCUAUCCAUGCCACCAUAUCUUUUGUGAACCUUGCUUAAGGAUGCUUGCCAAAGACAAUCCAGCCAGCACUCCAUGUCCACUCUGUCGCACUACAAUUGCCAGAGUCUUUUUCCAAACAGAUCUGAAUAACUCUACCAGAUCUUUUUUCCCUAUGGAAUAUUUGAAUCUAAAGGAAAAUUUUCAAAAAUCCAAUUUUGCUAAAUGGCCUCUGCCAAGCUGCAAGAAAGCAUUCAGAGUUUUUGAAGCAGGUUUUCGAAGGCGCUCAAACACUGUAACAAGGAGGCAUUUCCCACAUGCUGCUCACAGGAUGGACUACAUGGACUUCGAGGAUGAUAGCCGUGGAUGGCGGUUUGAUAUGGACAUGGUGUUUCCAGGCAGCUUUUGUCAGAAAUCAUCUGUGGGCAUGGUCUGGAUCUUAACAUAUUCUGAUAAUGAAGAAUUCUCAGUACUGGUGCUGUUAGUCAAGACCAUUUAG